AUUAUACUCUAAUUACUCUUUACUUCAACUAGAGUUAACAAGACAGAAAUGAGUUUGCUUCUAAUAUCAAUAUAUAUCAUUAGUCUUGCAUGUUCGAUUGAAAGUUUAAGAAAAGAUUCUUGGGCUCCAGCUCCAGUUCCCAAAGCUCAGCUACACGCCAAAAGAAUAGGCCGUGAAGAUGAAAGCUUCAUACAAAAAAUUCAACCUGCCGCUAAACCGCAAGCCUUCAAGAAAAAAUCGCCAGAACAGAAACGGCAACGCUAUAAUGAUGAGGAUGAAGCCAGUCUAAAAGAAAUAUUAAAUAAGCCUCUUCCGGCUGUAGUGCAGAAAUCUGAGGACGAAACUUAUAAUUACAUCUACGAUUUGGUAAAGGAUAAAGGAAGCUGUCGAUUGCCUUUGAGAGAGUAUUAUAUUGUCCUAGCUAUAAUAUCACUUUUCAUAUUUUGGCGUACCUAUCCCGUUCAGAGAACGGUACUGUUUUUCUAUCGUAAAGCUGUUGAACCUACUAAGUUGAAUUUUGACAAAAAUCUGCUCGAAAGAGCUGUUUAA